CCAGCCAUGGCGACAGCCCCGCCGCCGCCCGGCGCCUUCGCCUUCUCCCCCGACGGAGAGCUAUUCGCUGCCGUAGCCGACCGGCAGGUCCAGGUAUGGAGUACAACAGGAGGAAAAAAGAUAGCAGAAUGGACUGAUCCAGUUGCAGCCCAAGAUGAUUCAUACAGUUGCAUUGCCUGCAGCUCUGUUCAGAAGAAGCAGAAAAAGGAUGGCAACCUUAUUGUUGCUGCUGUUGGCACUGCAAAUGGCGAGGUUUUAGCUCUUGAUUCUACAGGUGUUAUAUGGAGAAGUGUUUGUCACACUGGCAAGGUAAUUUCUCUUCACUUCGCAAAACAAGGGCGCGUUCUUUAUACUGCCAGCAUGGAUGGAGUUAUAUGUGAAUUGGAUACUCGUACCGGAAAACCCAAAGACACAUUUAAAGCUUCGAAGAAGUCAAUUAAUCAUUUGACAAUUUCUCAUGAAGAGAAGUUCAUGGGUGUCUCAGGUAAGACAACAAAAUUAUUUAGUGUGAAGGACAAGAAGGAGAUCUUGAAGAUUCCUUCUGAAGAUGGCCCUAUCCAGAUGAUUUCUGUGUCUGAUGAUGCACGGAUUUCAGUUUCUUGUAAUGACAAAACUAAAGAAGUCCAAGUCUGGUCUUGUGAUCAUCAUAAUGGCACUAUCGGUUCUACAGCCUCCCUUGUCAUGCAUACUCAGCCAAAGGCUGUAGAAUGUAAAAGGAGCGCAUCAUAUGAAACCGGAGGAAUUGUUCUUGCAGUAUCGAAGAAAGGUGUUGCUUAUGUGUGGCAUUUACAGACCAUCUCCCAAGAUGAAAAAGUGCCCACCAAAAUCUCAGUAAAAAAUUCACCUGAUAAAAAGGGCCGCAUCCCAAUUAUCUUAGCUAAAUUAUGUGAUGUCAAAGAAGACAAUACAGUUAAGGUUCAUGUUGCGUUUGGGUCACCAGGCUGUUUACAGUUCAAGGUUGUAGUAUUGGGUGAGAAUUGCGGGGACAUCAAUUUGGUUGCGGAAUCUGAUGCAUUCACUUCGGAAAAAACGAAUUUGGAGCAAGAUGCUAAAGGAAAUAGCAGGAUGGCUGGUGAACAAGAUCAACAGGAGAAUACUAACCCAACUGAUCAAGGAAGAUCAAAGAAAAGGACAGCAUCUGUUCUGGAUUCUACUAAUGGUAACAAAAACCAUGUUAUUUAA